UUAGGGGUCCCAGUGACGGGCAGGAGGGACAAUGGGAGGCUGAGUUAAAUACUCUGGUGCAUUCUUCCCCCAUCACUCUGAGCCUCUACUGGGCAUCUCCAACCUCAGCAGAGAAAGGGGAAUCUACAUUGCCAAGAUGCCUGAGCAAGUACAAGAGAAGCGAAAGUCGAAGAUCUCGGCCUCCCGUAAGCUCAUGCUAAAGAGCUUAAUGGUGGCCAAGGCGAAGGAAGAGAUCGAGCAGGAGUUUGUGGAUAAAGAGGAGGAGAAGGAGAGGUAUCUGGCAGUGAGAGCACCUCCCUUACAGACCGGUGGUAUGUCCUUUGCUGAGCUCCAGAAGUUAUGUCGGGAGUUACAUGCCAAGGUUGACGUGGUGGAUGAGGAGCGAUACGACAUUGAAGCCAAAGUCAUACACAACACCAGAGAGAUCAAGGACCUGAACAUAAAGGUUUUGGACCUGAGGGGGAAGUUCAAGCGGCCCAACCUGAGGAGGGUAAGGGUCUCUGCUGACGCCAUCUUGCGCUCCCUCCUGGGCUCCAAACACAAAGUCUCCAUGGACCUUCGGGCAAACCUCAAGUCAGUCAAGAAGGAAGACACAGAGAAGGAGAAGACAGUGGAGGUGAGUGACUGGAGGAAGAAUGUGGAGGCCAUGUCUGGCAUGGAGGGAAGGAAGAAGAUGUUUGACGCAGCCAAAGGCCCCACUCAGUAGACAGAGAAGAGAAUACUCAACAUUUGGUUAUCCUGCUUCAUGUUUCUUUCAUUUCUAUUAAUCCUGGACAUUCAAAAUGUGUUAAUGCUUUGCAUUUGUGUCUCUACUUCUUAUUUCAGUGGCAAUACAAUGAUUGUGUGUAUUGUUUAGCAAGGCUUACACAGGACAAGCUGAAUGCUGCUACAAUCACAAUGUUCUGCUUUAUCCUUACUGUUAAUAUUUGCCUGAGAAGAAAUUAUAGAGUAAAUUAUAGUUCAUGCAAUUCCACUCAUUUUGCCAUGGGGCAGAGAGAUAAUUUUGCAGUUUUAAAGCUAAUUUGCUUGCCUGACGACUCAUCCUGAAUUACAUUUAGCUGCUCUAUCGAUAGCUUCAUACAUUGUCUGAAACUGCCAUCCUAGAAGUCGAUUGUGCUGAUGCCAAAAUGAGGGGCGUUGUACAAAACAAAUUAAUCAGCGAUUGGAUCGUCUCCAAGCAAUCAGAGUAUCAAAGUUGACAAGGUCAUCAUGCAGGCCAGGUCUGGCUCGACGCUUUCUGGGACCAAUCAGAAAGGUCAGAAUGUGUUCGCAUUCUACAAGAUGUCAGGGAGGAAAGCAAAUCCAGACUCAUCGUGAAGAAGAAACGCUAGUAGUCAGGCUACUAAUUUGCUGCAAUUCUACACAUUUUACCAGAGGGGUGGAGAGACUGACAAAAUCAAUGGGGGUCCGCUGGAGGUCAGGGCCUCUGGGCACAUGCCGUGUGUGCCCGGUUAGUAAUUUGGACAUGAUUAGACCUACUUCAAGGUUUAGAUUGCUAGAAGUUAGUCUAGCCAGCUAUCUAAAAAUGUUAGCUGGCAUGGGCUAAUUGAAUGACAGUCAGUGACUGACAUAACAAGAGGAAAACUGCAGAUGCACUACCAAAUUUCAAAAUUGUUGUGGGCCCCUAACGGCCACUUGUGUCACCUAUUGGCUGAGCCGGCACUGAAAGUAAGCCAGUCUUACUUUAAAGCUGUAGAUGCUGUAGAUGUUUAGCUGGCUCAAUUGUGGCUGUAGUAUUCUACUUUAAUCAAAUUAUGAUUAUGAAGGCAAAUGUGUUAAUUAGUUAAUCAAACUAUUGUUGAAGACAUCCACUCCUAAAUGAUAACUGCUUUGACAAUAAAGUAACAUACCAUCCACACAA